CUCCAGGGCUGCGUUGGUAGCUAUGUCUUCGCCGGCUCCGCCGUAUGUACCGUCACCGCAUGUUGGAGGACCGGCGUUUACUGAAGAAUGGGAUCAAACGAUGGACCCAGUUGCCCAGCAUGAAGUGUCUCCGGCAACGACAAAUAUGACCUCUGUCAAAAAAAGCUCUACGGGCGUCGUUUCGCCGUUGAACGAGCACCCUGAUAUCGUGUCUCCGGGGAUGGAAGCCAUUUAUAGUGGGGACCAAGGGAAGGAGGUUGUUCCGCAGCCGCCUGUGGAGCAAUACGCACAUUACCGAGAAAUAGAGAACUAUCCGCACUACGAAAAUCAGAUGACUGCGGAAAAGCAGAGAAGAAGGAUAUGCGGGUUGACUAUACCGCUAUGUCUGGUGCUUCUCGCGUUCCUGAUCAUCGCUCUCGCCGUAGGCCUCGGCGUUGGGCUAGGAGUGGGCUUGAACAAAAAUCACUCAAACAAGAGCUCAUCGCUCAACGGGAACAUAGUCAAUCCAGAGUAUCUGUCAAAGACUGGAGCUUUCAAUGGAACUGGUCUUGCAAUUGCUUCUUACUCAUUUGGUACUGGUGGCUAUGGAGUCAUUAAUGUAUAUUUCCAGCACUGGACCGGUCAACUCAGGAAGAUGCAAUUGAUGCAGGAUGGCAGCUGGCAGGGCGGUGAUGCUUCUAACAUCGUUGCUACCGAUGCGCGAAAUGCCACGCCCAUAUCUGCAGUGGCCUAUGCUAUGGAUGGAAAAGCAACGUGGCAUAUAUUUUAUAUUGAUCAGAACAACAAGAUCCGUGAGAAGAUCAAUGACAACACGACAAACCAGUGGCGGGAAGGCCCUAUUGGGGAUAUGAACCUGAUCGCCAUGAACGAUACGGCUGUCGGCCUACAGGCAUGCUGGUAUGGUAGCUUCUAUGGAGAUGCAAACUACACCCAUAGUCCCAUUCCUGGAACUGGGUCAAACACAACCUCCCAGGAUCAAGUGAUUGGAAUGCAUCUUUGGUAUGGAGAAAGCCCGACUUUGCUUCAAGAAGUCACAUGGACGUACAACACGACACAGUGGUACCGCCAAGAAUCAUUUGUCGCCAACGGACAUGCUGGAAUCGGCUGCUAUAGCUGGGGUCCUGGCAGCGUCAGCUACGUUAUGAUGGUAAAUCUCGACAACGCUGUCCAAGUCUCUUGGAAGGACCUCAAUUCCUCGGUCCCGGCGACCGAAUCGCAUCCCGUGAACGUGUGGGUAAAUACCACUUGGACGAUCCCGAAUGUGGACGAGAAUACUUCGCUAGGCUACACGAACUACUUUUACGCGCAGAAUGCGGAUGGCCAUAUCGGUGGUUACAACAUUACGUGGGAUGCAGAGAACACCCGCCUCGCAGAUACGUUCACGAUACCCCAGGUGCCUCUUCUCGGAACACAUUUUUCUGUUACCGCUGUUCCCGCGUCCUCGGGGGGAGACCAGCUGAUGGUGUUUACUCAAGACAACGGUACGGAUAUCACGCAAAACGUUCGCGAUUUGGUCAACGGCCAAUGGACUUAUUCAACGCUACCAAUCCCACAGUCGUGACGAAUGGAUCGACAAUGAGAAAUGUCUUUGCAUUAACGCAAUUCGCAGUGGCGCUGGUGGAUUACGCAUAUCCUCUGUUGGAAUUGCUUCGUUUCGUCGCUGAGGGCAUCUGCGUUCACCUUUGCGUUCGUUGUAGACUUGAGAUAAGCACAAAAAGCACGAGCAGGACGCUUUUGGUUGUUGUUAUUGCCUCUUUUGCUUGAUAUACCCUCCUUGAUCGUUUGCUGGUUUAUCCUUUUCUUGUUUUCUUUUAACGAUGUUACUCCCGAGAAAUGGGAUACAUUUCUCCACCCGAAGGAGAGCAAGGCUAGGAUCAGGCACAAAAUUCCUUCGGUCCGCUGUAUGUAUAUACAUAGUUUUGCAUUUGACACCUAUUGCAAUUGGCGUGCAUAAGAGU